AUGGAGUCCGUAUUCCGAUCACGGCAUAUCCUCCGCAAAACGUUCGCCUGCGACGAAUGUAAACGACGCAAAAUUCGCUGCUCUGGCGAUGAGAACUGCCUGAAUUGCUUGAGGGAUGCGAAGGCAUGUCGAUAUUCGUCGCCGUCUCAUCAGCUGUCUAAGUUGCAGAGGCGCGUCCAGGACUGUGAACGGCUAAUAAACGAGAUGGAGCAGGCCUGGGCCACAUAUCUCCCUUCUGUUGACCUUCAAGGAGCGCUUCGCAGCAUCCGUCAGCAGGACGGCUCGGCUUCAGUAACGUCGAAGAAGAUCAAGCACCAACAUGAGCUGACUCAUUCGACUGAGCAGCCACCCACCAGCGUUGCCGAACACAGCAACGCGGAAGACUAUGAGUUUGACGAAUCGCAGGACUUUGACAAUUCAACUGACGGGAUGGGAUUCUUGACAAUCGACCCCCAUAAAGCUGGCUACACGGGCCCGCAGUCGGGCGUGGCCGCUCUGAAGUUCCUACAGUCCCUCCCUCUCUAUAUCCCUCUUGGCAGUUUCAUCCCGGCUUCGUCUUUGGACGACGAAGAUAUCUGUGACUCCGGUCCUCCGCGGAAGCAGUCAGAGGUUGCACGCUAUCUCGAUGCUUAUUUCACAUUCUAUCACCCUGCGUAUCCCAUCUUACAUGAAGGGACAUUCCGUGCACGGGUAUCAGGCGCCUUUGCCGGCGACUCGAACGGUACGAAGAUGGAUAUUGUCUUCUUCAAAGAAGCACGGAAACACCUGUCGAUGGAUGUACUGGAGAAAGGAUCGCUGAGCUACGUCCAGGCAAUCGUCUUGAUGGCAAACUACUUACAAAAGCGGAACAAGCCUAAUGCUGCCUUUAUACUGGUCGGCAUCGGCUUCAGUAUGGCUCUCGCGAUUGGCCUGCACAGGGAGUUUGGGAUGCCAAGCACAUCCCCUUUCACGAUGGAGGUCCGGCGACGGGUGUGGUGGACGCUCUUCAUCUUUGUCUCGGGCGUCCAGUUGAUCCUGGGCCGUCCGGCAGUCUCACUCGUCGGGGUAAAUGUUCGGCUUCCAGCCAAUGUAGACGACCACGAUCUGGCAGUAGACAUGGAAGAGCUCCCUGAGAGCUCGACGGGGCCAACUAUCACGUCCUGUCUGAUUGCACAGGUCAAACUUGCGAAGAUCGCGAAUGCUAUCCAGGUUGAGCUGCUGACCCAUCACCUUCCCACCCCUGCCAAAGCCCAGGACUUGGAACAGCGUAUUUCCUCCUGGCACAAUGACCUUCCCGCCCAUUUCAACACAGAGGUCUACCUGGAGCCGAAGUUCGAUAUCCCACGGCGAGUCGUAUUAUGGAGGUCGUAUCAUCUGAGAAUCGUCAUAAACAGGCCUUUUCUCUUCCAAAACAUAACCUCGAAGUCCGAACUCAACACAUCUUCUGGUCCGAUUGCGUCUUGUCUCGCCGCUGCAGAUAUGUGUGUGACGUCGAUUUGUGGAUUUCUUGAGUCGACGGAUAACCGGCAGCGAGGACUCACCUGGUACGCAACUUGCUGGCUUCUUACAGCAAGCUUCGUUCAGGCAACCUGCUAUGUAUACGGGCCCACGCAUCCACUUGCCGAGUCUUGGAGAAGCCAUAUACAGCGUGCCGUCGAUUGCCUGGGGAGUCUUGGGUCUUCUCACGACAUGGCCCUUCGCGCGAGAGCUGUACUUCAAAAGGUCCUCGAGCACGGCCAUGAGCGGACCUCUCCCUACAGCUUCGACCCAUUUCUCUUGUCUCAAACGGGGCCCUUCCGCCCGCCUUGGUCGCUAGCCGCUUGGGGAGACAAUCCAGCGUCGUAUAGUCCGUAUGGUCAAGGUUUUGGGGGUAGCUUUCGGUACACACAGGGAUCGCUCGGGGCGGAGUUCUUAGAUGCGGCUGGUGGGCUGAUGAUCCAAAAUCUGUUUGGGGGCUCGGAGGGGCCGCAAAAUAAUUCGUGGACGCCUGGUUAG